UUUUCUUUUGAAACAAGAUUAGGGUGAAACUAAAUCCAAAGCAGGCAAAGCUAGCAGUUUCAAAUAGCACAAAACGAACAUGUUUCACUCGUCCACACACUACUGAGUGAGAAUUGAGUAGCUGACAAAACAACAACACAAUUACACAAGUGUUUGUUCUGUUUAACGUUUGUGUUCGUUUUUCCAUCCCAUCCAAUCACAAACCCAGAACCUUCAAAUUCAACAUGGCUCUAGCUGCACAAAUCCCAGGUGUUGAGCAACAGAGACUCAUAAUACCCAACAAGCACGGUGAAAAGCUAGUCGGUAUAUUGCAUGAUUCUGGAUCCAAGGAAAUUGUAAUCUUGUGCCAUGGAUUUCGGUCCUCCAAAGAAUCUGAUUCCUUAGUGAACCUUGCUGGUGCAUUGGGAAAUGCCAGAAUCAGUUCUUUCCGCUUUGACUUUUCUGGAAAUGGGGAAAGUGAUGGUACAUUUCAAUAUGGCUACUAUUGGAGGGAGGCUGAGGAUUUACAUGCUGUAACUCAACAUUUCAAUGAAGCAAACCGUGUAGUUAGUGCAGUUGUUGGGCAUAGUAAAGGAGGUGGCGUGGUGCUUCUUUAUGCUUCAAAAUAUCAUGACAUUAAAACAGUUGUCAACAUCUCUGGACGUUAUGAUCUGAAGACAGGAAUUGAAGAACGGCUUGGAAAAGAUUUUAUGGAAAGAAUUAGAAAGGAUGGUUUCAUUGAUGUGAAGAGAUUAGGAAGUUUUAUUUUCCGUGUGACUGAAGAUAGUUUGAUGGACCGAUUAAAUACAAAUAUGCAUGAAGCAUGCCUUCAGAUUGAUAAAGAUUGCAGGGUGCUUACAGUUCAUGGUUCUUCAGACACAGUUAUCCCUGUUGAAGAUGCACUUGAGUUUGCCAAGAUUGUACCUAACCACAAAUUACAUGUCAUAGAAGGAGCUGAUCAUUCAUACACUAAUCACCAAGAUGAGCUAGCCUCGGUUGUUGUGAACUUCAUAAAAGAAAACUUGCACCAGGAGUCCUAGAUGUCUGUCUUUCUUUGCUUGCAGGAUAUGAACUUAUUUUUUUUGUUUGAGAUUUGAUUUUUCUAAUCAUGUAAUUGAUAGAGGUGCAGUUUCGAGUCAACAGAAUUUGCUACUGAUGAUAUAUUCUAAUGGAAUAACCUGCCUAUGAUGUUCAACA